UGGUAAGCCCAGUCUUUUUAACCGUGCCGCCAUCCGCCAUAUUUGAAUGAGGUUCGAUUUCGUUGUGUAAAUAGCCCCAACUUUAUUUUCUAUCCUUUCUUCCUAUUCAUGGAUCUAUUUGGCGACCUUCCUCCCCCAGUGUCUGAAACCUCGACCCGGGGAGAGCCAUCAAACCUGAAUGGUAGUGACAAGUGUAUUGAUCUGUUUGGAGACCUCCCUCCCCUGGAGAGUAGUGAAUCCAGGGGGGAGAAGAGGAAAGCUGAGGAGAUAAGCAAAGAUAAUGUCAAAAAACUUGCUACAGGUGUAAAACUCUAUAAAUUGAAGGGAUUUUUUGCUGAAAGAAAAGGAGAGCGUGAGGAAAUGCAGGAUGCUCACGUUAUUAGGGAUGAGUACUACCCUGAACCCGGGCGGGGGGAUGAUGUUCAGAGGAUGGCUUAUUAUGCUGUGUUUGAUGGUCAUGCUGGUCCAAGGGCUUCUUUGUUUGCUGCUGAACACCUGCAUGAAAACAUCAAGAGCAGAAUGCCAAAAGGCAGUAUAACUGGCAAGGACAAAGAAAUCAAGAAGUGUCUUGUUGAUGCUUAUACCCUAACAGAUGAACAGUUCUUACAUGAGGCCUCAAAGGGCACUCCUGUUUGGAAAGAUGGCUCUACUGCAGUCUCUGUACUGGUCAUCAAUAACACUUUGUAUGUUGCUAAUCUAGGUGACAGUAAGGCACUCGUCUGCAGAUGUGACAGCGCUGGCAAAAUAUCAGUAGUACGGCUUUCUAAGGACCAUUCACCAACAGGGUAUGAUGAAAGAAUGAGGAUCCAAAAAGCUGGUGGAUAUGUCAAAGAUGGGCGUGUCUUAGGGGUGCUUGAGGUAUCUCGAUCUAUCGGUGAUGGCAGAUUCAAGCGCUGUGGUGUUAUCUCCACUCCUGAUAUUAUGAGGUGUACUCUAACUGACAGUGACCGGUUUCUAUUACUAGCCUGUGAUGGACUUUGGAAAGGAUUCUCUGUUGAUGAAGCUGUCAAGUACAUCAGCAAAAUUUUAGAUGAUGACUCAUUGGCUACAAAACAAGAAUCAAGCACUAAGCAAGUGACAAAUGAGGAACCUGGACUGGACCCAGUGGAAGCACGAUUCCAGCUUGCAUGUGACAGAAUCGCUAGUGAUGCUGUAAGGAAUGGGAGCUCUGAUAAUGUAACUGUAAUGCUGGUUUCAAUAACAGGAGACAACCAACCAAGCACUUUCCACACAUCAGACAAUAAGUCAAAUACUGUGCACAUACCAGAUAGCUGACCAAGCACUGUCCACACACCAGACAACCACACAAAAACACUGUCCACACACCAGACAACCAACCAAGCACAUUCCACACACCAGGCAACCAUCCAAGCAAUGUCCACACACCAGACAACCACACAAAAACACUGUCCACACACCAGACAACCACACAAAAACACUGUCCACACACCCAACCAAGCACAGUCCACACACCAGGCAACCAUCUAAACACUGUCCACACACCAGACAACCAUCCAAGCAAUGUCCACACACCAGACAACCAUCUAAACACUGUCCACACACCAGACAACCAACCAAGCACAGUCCACACACCAGACAACCAACCAAGCAAUGUCCACACACCAGACAACCAUCUAAACACUGUCCACACACCAGACAACCAUCCAAGCACAGUCCACACACCAGACAAACAACUAAGCACUGUCCACACACAAGACAACCAAUCAAGCACUGUCCACACACCAGACAACCAACCAAGCAAUGUCCACGCACCAGACAACCAUCUAAACACUGUCCACACACCAGACAACCAUCCAAGCACAGUCCACACACCAGACAAACAACUAAGCACUGUCCACACACAAGACAACCAAUCAAGCACUGUCCACACACCAGACAACCAACCAAGCACAGUCCACACACCAGACAACCAACCAAGCACAGUCCACACACCGGGCAGCCAACCAAGUGCUGUCCACACACAAGACAGUCAACCAGAAGGCACUCUAUAGGAAUUUUAAAUCUUAGAUAAGGACUCACAACCGGACAAACGUUUGUGAGACCAGGUAAUCAUUAUUGCCUCCAUGCACUCUGUAACAUUUUAAUCUAAAUAUAUUUUGCAGUUGGUUCAUUUCUCCCCCCCCCCCCCCCCCCUUCUCAACUAGUUUGUUGUACAAAAUGCUCUUUUUAUAACAUCAAUAACAAUGGCUGCAGAACUAUGGACAAUAAAAUUUAUUUGUCUGAAUAAA